UCUGCAGAGUAGCAGUAUUAUAUUUGGUCUGCGGACCACUCUUGUCCACUGGCCCUCAGUCCUGCUUGUCACCCCUCGUCCUGGAUUUACUUGAGUUGACAUUUUUAACGCCUCGUAUUUAUCCACUGUUGGGAUUCUUGGAGACUUGAUUGCGAGCUGGUCCAGACGUAAAGUGUGUGACAUUGCGGAGCGGCACCCAAGAUGUCAGGAUCGGUGCAAGUGUCACAGAAGGAGCAGCAGCUGCAGCAUCGCAAGGAGGAGCAUCAGAAGGAGGUUUAUCGCCAUCAUCAUCAUCAUCAUCGACAGCAGCAGCGUCAUCAGCAUGGAUAUGAAAGCAGCAGUCACUUGAGCACCAAGUCAUCCGUCGGCAAGCAGUCCUUCUCCACUUCCAAGACCACGACCCACCGCAUGAAAACCACCGCAAAGUCCGACGAGAAGGCUCUGCAGCGGGCGGUCAAGUCGUUGAGUCCGCUACCCAAGCGAGCCAAGCGCACCUACCUGGCCACCGACUUGGACAAGGAAGUCAUCGGCUAUGUGAUUCCGAUUUUCAGAGCCAACCACGAAGAGGUGCGCGGGUUGAUGGAGGCCCGCGAGGAGGACGACACCGAGGAGGGCAUCAACUACGUGGCCAUGAGGAACCUGUUUGUCCGCGAGGCCCGGGAGGCGACGGAGGUUAAGGUGGAGAAAAAGAGCAGGUUCACACGCAUCCGAGAGUCGGCCGAGCGCGUGCAACUCAAUAGGACUUUGGAUGAGUGGACGGAGUUCCGCAAGAAAAUGAACCCGGAUAGUCUCAUGCACCCCCCGGAGAUGACCACCAAGCCCCGUGGACAGACCGUUUGGGAGGGCCAGACCAUCAGGCUGCACUGCGCCGUGGCCGGGUGGCCCAGACCGAGGGUUGCCUGGUACAAAAACAACGUGCUGAUUGAUGCCAAGGCACACCCCGAGAAGUACACCGUGGAGAGCAAUUACAACAUGCACUACCUGGAGAUCAAAAACUGCGACUUCCUCGACACGGCCGCCUAUCGGGUGUCUGCGCUCAACGUAAAAGGAGAAAUGUCCUGCGUGGCCACCGUGGUCGUUAAACGCUUCCACGAUGAGGAAAGAGAUCUGACUGUGAGCCAACCUGACGGCUUCGGCUCCCACCGCGGUGUCACGUUCCAGACCACCAUCCUGGACAAAUUCAAAGUGGCGUGCGGCCACGAGGGGGAGACGCUGAGCCUGGGUUGCACCGUUAUCGUGUAUCCCGCCGUCAAGAACUACACGCCCCAAGUGGUGUGGUACAAAGACGGCGCGCCGCUGAAGGCGUCGCAAUGGGUGCACGCGCAGUGGGCCGGACAGCGCGCCACCCUUACGCUGGUCCAUCUCAACAAGGAAGACGAGGGCUUGUACACCAUGCGUGUCAUCACCCAGUCCGGCUACGACGCCCACUCCGCCUACGUCUUUGUCAGAGAUGCCGACGUGGAGGUGGAGGGGGUCCCCGUGGCCCCCCUGGAUGUGCGCUGCCACGACGUCAACAAAGACUAUGUGGUGGUGACCUGGAAGCAGCCCGCCGUGGAGGGCGGCGGCCCCAUCCUGGGCUACCACGUCGAGAGGUGCGAGGUGGGAACGCACCACUGGGCGCAGUGUAACGACACACCGGUCAAGUACGCCCGCUUCCCCGUCACGGGCCUGGUGGAGGGCCGCUCUUACGUGUUCAGGGUGACGGCCCUCAAUAAGGCGGGGGUGAGCCGCCCGUCGCGCAUCUCCGACGAGGUGGUCGCCAUGGAUCCCUUCGACAGGGCCCGCCUUCUCGGACCUUCUGCCCCUUGGACUGGCAUGAUCAAGUUCACAGAAGAGGAUCACACCGUCGGAGUGGUCCCCGGAGAACCCACCGAGGUCGUGGUUACCGAGGCCACCAAGAGCUACGUGGUGCUAGCCUGGAACCCCCCCAUCCAAAGGGGUCACGAAGGAGUCAUGUAUUACAUUGAGAAGUGCGUUUCAGGCUCCGACACGUGGCAGAGGGUGAACGCCGGCAUGCCCGUCAAGUCUCCCCGCUUUGCCCUGUUCGACCUGAGCGAAGGGAAAUCGUACAGCUUCCGCGUGCGCUGCUGCAACUCCGCCGGCGUGGGCGAGGCCUCCCAAGCCACCGGCUACAUCACCGCGGGAGACCUUCUCGAGCCGCCGUCUUCGCCGGGCACGCCCGUGGCCACCAGGAACACCGGCACCUCCGUGGUGGUCUCCUGGGCGCCCUCCGAGGAUGUCAAGAACCCGGUGGGCUACUACAUCGAAUACAGCGUGGUGGGCACCGACGUGUGGAUCCCGUGUAACAACAGGCCCGUCGAGCAGACCAGGUUCGUGUGUCAUGGCCUCACCAGUGAGACGACGUGCGUGUUCCGAGUGAAGGCGGUCAACGCCGCCGGCUACAGCUUGAGUUCCGCCGCUUCGCAGCCAGAGCUGGUGCGGGCGGCCAUUUCCGUCCCCGCGAUGCCAACCGACGUACGCCUGCUGGAGGCUCACAGGGACACCAUGGUGCUGGGCUGGAGCGAGCCCAGCGACAACGGAGGAGCCGACAUCAGAGGAUACUUUGUGGACUGCCGGACCGUGAAGGGCCGCGCGGUCGGCAAGUGGCGUGAGCUCAACCUCCGCGCCGUGACCGCCACCUCCUAUAAGGUGGAGAACCUGCGGGAGAACGCGGUUUACCAAUUCCAGGUGCGCGCCGCGAACGUGGCAGGCGUGAGCGACGGCUCGGUGCCCAGUGCUGCUUUGGAGUGCCACGAGUGGACCCUGACCGUGCCAGACGCUCCCGUCGGUCUUCACGUUCUGGAGGUGCGGGACUCCUCCAUGGUGAUCCUGUGGGAGCCGCCUUCGUUCGACGGCCGCUCUCCCGUCAACGGCUACUAUUUGGACUUCAAGAAGGCGUCGGAUGGGGAGGAAGGCUGGAUGGCCGCCCACGAGAAGGCCAACAAGUCCACGUUCAUGAAAGUGAGCGGGCUACAGGCUGCUACAUCUUACGUCUUCCGCGUGCGCGCUCAAAACCUGGCGGGUGUGGGGAAUCCUUCCGCGGUCUUGGGUCCCGUCCUGGCCCAGACACGCCCCGGUACCAAGGAGAUGUACGUGGACGUUGAUGACGACGGCGUGAUCUCCAUGGUCUACGAGUGUCCCGAAAUGAUUGAGGGCUGCCAGUUUGUUUGGGCUAAGGAUUACCAGCCCAUCACGGACCCCACCAGACUGACCAUCAUCGAAGAGAAGGGCAGGACCAGAGCCAUCUUUAACGACCCCUCCCCGGAGGAUCUGGGCAAUUUCUCCUGCGUGGUCACCAAUAUGGAGGGGGUCUCAUCCAGCUAUCAGCUCACAGAGGAAGGUCUGAUGCAUCUGCUGGACAUCAGCCACGACCACAAGUUCCCCGUUAUUCCCUUUAAGAACGAAAUGGCCAUGGACUUGCAAGAGAAGGGCCGGGUGCGCUUCUGGACUCAGGUGGAGAAUUGCAGCAAGGACUGUCAAGUAGAAUACGUUUUUAACGAUGCCAUCGUUCAGCAAGGAAAGAAAUACACCAUGAACUUUGACAAGAACACCGGCAUCAUGGAAAUGUUCAUGGACUCCCUGGAAGUAGCCGACGAGGGAACGUACACCUUCAAUUUGGUCGACGGCAAAGCAAAGGGCGCCACCAGUCUGGUGCUCAUUGGAGAAGAGUUCAAGGCGCUGCAGAAGAAGUCGCAGUUUGAGAGAGCGGAAUGGCUCAGGAAACAAGGUCCUCACUUUAUCAAGUACCUGGACUUCACCAUCACGCCGCAGUGCGACGUGCUGCUGCAGUGCACGGCGGCAAACAUGAAGGCGGACACGGAGAUCAUCUGGUACAAGGACAGCCUCUCCAUCGGCGAGCGUGACGAGGCCGCCAAGAAGCUGGAGAAGAAGGACGACGCGCUGACCUUUAAUAUCGGAAAGAUUUCCAAGAGUGACGCGGGCAUCUACGAAGUGUACCUGAGGGACGAGAGAGGCCAAGACAAGAGCAGGUUCGAUCUUACCAAUGAAGGUUACCAGGCUGUUAUGAACGAAUUAUUCAGGGUGAUUGCCAACUCCUCCUCUCAAAUCCAAGUCACCAGCACCGAACACGGCAUCAUCCUCUCCUCCGAUGUCACGUACUACCACGAGGACCAGCGCGUCAACUGGCUGCACAAGGACGCCAAGAUUGCUGCUUCAGAGCGCGUGAAGGCGGGAGUGACGGGCGAGCAGCUGUGGGUCAAGAUCAACGACCCCACCGAGAAGGACAAGGGCAAAUACACCGUUGACCUUUUCGACGGCAAGGACGGUGUCAAGCGCGUGUUUGAACUGUCUGGACAAGUGUGGGAGAGAGCAUUUGAGGAAUUCCAAAGGCUCAAGGCGGCAGCCAUCGCAGAGAAAAAUCGCGCUCGUGUCAUUGGAGGUCUGCCAGAUGUGGUUGCAAUCCAAGAGGGCAAGUCUCUUAAUCUGACCGGCAACGUGUGGGGCGACCCCACGCCCGAGGUGAGCUGGACCAAGAACGAGCGAGAGCUGGUGAGCGACGAGCGCUACCUGCUCAAGUUCGAGCACGGCAAGUACGCCAGCAUCGCCAUCACUUCCGUCACCCGAGCCGACUCCGGCAAGUACGCCUUGGUGGUGCGCAACAAGUACGGAACGGAGGCCGGCCUGUUUACGGUCAGCGUGUACAACCCGGAGGAUGACGAACACCUUCGGCAGGAGAAAAAGUAGGACUGAGGGUGCAAAGUGGAAAGCGAAUGAAUAGUUGGGUGGUUAAUGGCAUCGCAAAGGCAAGCAAAGCACUGUUUUCAUAGCAAGUCUGGAUGUGAAGUAAACUUUGAAAACGGGUUGCUUCUGUGAAGAAGGAAAAGCAAUAAAAUAACUCUGAUAUCUCCAGCCACUGUUUGUUUUCUGAAUGCGUCGUUAUUUUGAGUAACCCGUGAAAACACGUUGCUUCUGUGAAGAAAGAAAAACAAUAAAAUUCUGAUAUCUCCAA